GUUGUCCUUACGUUACUUCCUGUAUGGUCUGUGUAUGUGUGGAUAGCAGAGGGAUUCUGUUUCGGUACCGCUUGUUUUACAGAAAUGUCUACGCGGGAGUGGGGCGUGGUGGAGGACGUGCAGAAGCACUCAGUCCACACACUUGUGUUCAGAUCUCUAAAGAGGACCCAUGACAUGUUUGUUGGUGACAAUGCCAAACCAAUUCCAAUCGAUGAUGAAAGCCACAAACUAAAACUGUCUGUAAAGUUGCGUACAGAAUAUGGCCCUGUUCUACACAUGCCAGUGCUUAGGGAAAAUCGUGAGAAAGGCCAGCAACACAUGGGUGACCCAUAUGAGCAUUAUAUAACUCAACAAGGACUUGAAUCUGAAUAUAUGGUAACCGGAACACAUCCUUAUCCUUCGGGUCCAGGGUUGGCAUUGACAGCUGACACUCAGAUACAGAGAAUGCCUAGUGAAUCUGCUGCACAGUCAUUGGCUUUGGCACUGCCAGCUCCACAGUCUAGAUUAGAUGCUCAACGUACCGCAGCCAGUGUUGGGGAUAUUUAUAGGCAUGCCGGUCUUCCUGAGCGUUCACAACCGCCUGGUUUGUCACUGGCCACGGAAUCGGGUGGUACAAGGAACUCUGCAUUAAUAUCAAAGAAAGCACCAACUAUGCCCAAACCUCAGUGGCACCCACCUUGGAAGUUGUACAGAGUUAUAAGUGGUCAUCUGGGUUGGGUGCGAUCUAUUGCUGUGGAACCUGGAAAUCAGUGGUUUGUAACUGGAUCUGCUGACAGGACAAUUAAGAUAUGGGAUCUUGCUAGUGGCAAAUUAAAGCUGUCCUUGACAGGCCACAUAAGUACUGUCCGGGGAGUGAUUGUCAGCAACAGAAGUCCAUACUUGUUUUCCUGUGGUGAGGACAAGCAGGUCAAAUGCUGGGAUCUGGAGUAUAACAAGGUCAUCAGACACUACCAUGGUCAUCUAAGUGCAGUCUAUGGACUUGAUUUGCACCCUACUAUUGAUGUACUUGUGACCUGUAGUAGAGACUCAACAGCUCGUAUCUGGGAUGUGAGAACAAAAGCCAGUGUUCAUACACUUAUUGGACAUACCAAUGCGGUUGCAACAGUUAAAUGUCAAGCUGCAGAACCACAGAUUAUUACAGGAAGUCAUGAUACCACAAUACGACUUUGGGAUAUGGUGGGUGGAAAGACACGUGUCACUUUAACAAAUCACAAGAAAUCUGUCAGAUCUGUUGUAUUACAUCCAAGACUGUAUACAUUUGCAUCUGGGUCACCAGAUAAUAUUAAGCAGUGGAAAUUUCCUGAUGGAAACUUCAUUCAAAACCUUUCUGGCCACAAUGCUAUUAUCAACACUUUAGCUGUAAACUCAGAUGGCGUGCUGGUAUCUGGAGCUGAUAAUGGAACAAUGCACAUGUGGGACUGGCGGACAGGUUACAAUUUCCAGAGGAUUCAUGCUGCUGUGCAACCUGGUUCUCUAGAUAGUGAAUCUGGCAUAUUUGCCUGUACUUUUGACCAGUCAGAAAGCAGAUUAAUCACUGCAGAAGCUGAUAAGACUAUUAAGGUCUACAGGGAAGAUGAUACUGCGACAGAGGAAACGCAUCCAAUCAACUGGAAACCUGAAAUUAUCAAAAGGAAAAGAUUUUAGCAAGCUACAUCUGCGUUGUUUAUUUUUUAUUUUUUUACAUUUUGUUUAUUAGUUUGACAGAGCAUGGAUUUGGUUUCAGACAUUAAGCAUAACUUUGGCAAAAGCCUUAGUCUGUCAUCAUUGUAUUAAAAUACUUCCUGUUAUGGCUAUUUGCACUGAAAGUCCCGAAAGCUUUUUUUUUUUUUUAUAUAUAUAUAUAUAUAGAAAGGACAACCUAUUAAAAUCAAGUUUCCUGA